AUGCCUACGUACCUCGUCCACGGCUUCCGCUGGCAGCGCGCCAGCAUCCGCGUCUUUGUCAUCUUGCGCAACGUCGAAGACGCCUCGCCCGACUGGAUCGUCCGGCCGGCUUCGGCCUGCAGCCUGCUCGACGCCUUCCAGGCCUCUUUUGGCUUCUUGCCGCCGCGCGCGACCGCCGGCUCGGUCUUGGUCUCGUCGCUGUCGUCGGCGUCAUCGACGUCGUCGUCCACCUCGGUGCCCUCGUCCGCCUCGACCGCCACCAGCACGUCCAUCCUCGCCUCCCAGGCCGGCUAUCCCGUCCGCCUGCUCGAGGAGUUCGACCCGGCCGAUCUCGAGACCGUCACGACUCCCUACGCCUACGUGGCCGACCAUGUGGUGCCGGUCGACCGCUCCGUCUCCAUCGUCGACGCCAUGGCCGCCUACGAGCGACGGCCAAAGGUGGCUACUGCUGACCCCUGGCUCGACCGUCUGCGCGACCAGCUGCAACCCGGCGAAGACCUGCGCUGGUACGUGGUCGUGAAUGGCGACGAAGAGCGCGACUGGCCGCAGGACCGGCCGUCUGCUCCCGUCAAGCCAACGCUACAGCGAGAAGCCCUGCAGUGGCCCCUCGUGCAGCCUCCGUCCGACGGCGAAAAUGAACACGACCGCGAAAACGACAACGACAUCGACGACGACUACAACAGCUACACCAACGAUUCCCGUCGCCACUCCGCCCUUCGACACCUCCGCCACGAGCUCGGCGGCUUCGGCUUCGAGGAAGGCGGCCUUGGCGAUGGGCUGCACCAGCUGCCCGUCGUCACGGCAGCGGCCGCAGAAGUGAGGGCAGCCAGAGCUGCUCGCGCACCACGACGAACCUCUACAAGAGCACCAAAAGCACCAAAAGCUUCAAAAGCAUCAAAAGCACCAAGAGCACAGCCAAGAGUUCAGCCGAGAGCAGGCCUACCGCCACCGGCACUACCACCGCCAACCAUGCCUCCCCCUCCUCCUCCUGUCAGCUUGCACAAACGGGUAGACACUGCAGAAAGUGGGCCGUCUCGUCCGCAGUCGUCUGGCGGCUUCCAUCGGCUCUUGCGGUCUCGCUCCCGAUCUGAUGCUCGCCAGCUGCUGCUGCUGCAACAACAGCAACAGCAACAGCACCAAAACUACCCAUACUACCAACAACCACUGCAGCCGCCUCUUCCCAGCGCUCCGCCCAAUCUCCCGCUGCCACCCAUCCCUACUUCGGCUCAGUCGGCUGUGCGCCACAAAAAGUCCACCGACGCCGGCGUUCCUCGUCCCAAGACAGCUACUGGCCGGUCCGGUGGCUCCAGCGGCUUCCGUCGGCUCUUUGGCCGCAGCAGCAAAACGGAGGAGAAGGCGGCAGAAGCCUAA